GCUAAAGGGCUCUUGGCCCCGGCGAGUCCCGCAGAGGCGAUGCCGGACGCUCCGCGCAGCACCUCCGCCCCCUGCCCGGCCCCGCCGCUGGGCGGGGGGAGACGCCCCUGCGCCCCGCCGGCUCUCGCAGUAUUUGCCGUUUACCUGCAAAUCGCAGAGCGUGGGGUGAUGAGAGCCUAAGCGCUCCUUAAAAACGCGCAAAUAAUGGAAAAGAGGAAGAAUGAAUGAGUGCGGCGGCGGGGAGCGGCCCAAGAGCCUCACCCUUGACGGACCGGGGUGUCGAGGAGGUUUUUUUCAAGUUCUGGAAGUAGCAGAGCAUUUGGUUGCUAACUGACCUGAAACUGGUGCUCCACCUUGGAAAGAUCUGCAGUGGGAGACAUUCACCUUCACAUAACCCACAGCUCUCUGCAUCAGAAGAAAGGGACCUCAUGUGCAAGAGUGGUUCAAAAUGGUGAUGUAAUAUUGAUAACGCUGAAGGUCUCCUGAGAAUAACUGACUUUGUAAGAGGCUUCUCCCUCCCCUUCCUGGUUGUGGUGGUGGGUUUUUUGUUUUUUGUUUUUUUUUUUUUUUUUAUUUGGUGUGGGUUUUUUGGUUGUUUUUUGUUUUUUUCUAAAUAACUUCCUCUGAAAACUACAAGCAAGAUGCCAGCCAAGACACCCAUCUACUUAAAAGCUGCUAACAACAAGAAAGGGAAGAAAUUCAAACUAAGAGAUAUCUUGUCUCCCGAUAUGAUCAGUCCACCACUUGGAGAUUUUCGUCACACCAUACACAUUGGAAAAGAGGGACAGCAUGAUGUUUUUGGAGACAUCUCCUUUUUGCAGGGCAACUAUGAGCUAUUGCCUGGAAACGAAGGAGAAACCAGAGUUAGCCAGUCUGGUGGCUACAAUGAAUUCUUAAGGGCGAACAGCACUUCUGAAUCCAUGUUUACAGAAACUCCAUCACCAGUGCUCAAAAAUGCUAUUUCCCUUCCUGCCAUUGGGGGUUCUCAAGCCCUUACGUUGCCCUUAUUGUCACCAGUGACAUUUAAUUCAAAGCAAGAAUCCAUCAGGUCAUCAAGAAAUCCUAGGCUUAGCUGUGAGCCAGUAAUAGAAGAAAAAUUACAAGAGAAAAGUAAACAGAUUGCAGAUGGAGAAACCUACAAAGAUGAAAUAUGGGAGCAAAAUGGUGGUUCUUUGCAUUUUACUAAUGGUAGAGACAGUCACUCAUCCAGCUUUUCUGAACGAUGCACUGAUUGGCAAACAGUUGAUUUUUUCAGUGACAGUCAACUUUCACGUGAACUAACCAAGACAAAGACUAAGUCAGAAGAAUCCCUUUCAGAUCUUGCAGGCUCUCUUCUCUCAUUACAACUUGACUUGGGACCUUCACUUUUAGAUGAGGUCCUCAAUGUAAUGGACAAGAAUAAAUCUUAGAACUGGUACUCUCUCGCUUCUUUAAGUGAAUCACUUAAAAACAAACAAAAAACAUAGCUCAAAGGGAGAGACACUUAAAAAUCAGCUGUAUUUGCAGUUGUUUGACGGGUUUUCUAAACAUAUUCUUAAAAUACUAUUUUUUUACCUAUUUUUUUUCAUAAUUUUUAUUACACUAAAUUCUCAUAUCAGGAAGGUGAAGUUUAAUAACAGUUUUCAGCACAUAUAAAAUGUUUUUAAGUACCAGUAUUAAUGAUCAGAAACUUAAGAAACCAUUUGAGGAUGAUAUUGAUUGUGACAUUUGGUUAGUUCACUUCUACGGGCUUCUGAAUAUAUGAGAGUCUCUAAGUGUCAGAAAGGAGACUGAUAUUAUUCACUUUUAUAAAUUAUUAAAACAUCACUUUACAUGUAGGCCUCUUUCUAGAACCUUGUGUUUGUGGGUUUGAUAGUGAUCUUCUUCAUUUUCCCAUAGUACCAUUUCUGUUGUAUCUUCACUGUAACUACCUUCUCGGUCUUAUACUACCGCUCUGUAUUCAGAUGUGAUCAAUUUGAAGGCUUUUUCAGUUUGAACACCUGGUCCAGAGUCUCAGCUGCUUUAAAUUAGUAUGCACAAAUUUACACAAGUUGAGGCUUGGGCCUGACAUUGUAUAUGAAAUGAUAUGUUGUAAACAGGUGACACAUGCAAGAUAUUAUGGUUAAAUUAUUUUAAAAGUUGAAAUAUUUUUUGUGUGCAUAUUGGUUUUUUACUGCAGAGCCUACACAUACAAUAUCUCAUCAAAAUAGUCGCUUGGCAUUAUUGGUGCUCUUCUGAAAAUUGUGUAUUUGUGUGUCUGAGAAGAAAUAUGUAUUGAUGCUCCUUGCUUUUUUUCCCUCAUUUAUUACCACACAUGCUUAAACUUGCAACAGAUUAAUUUUUGAAGAAGGCACUGGUUAUUCACAAUGCUUGUGAUGUGUGCUGCAACAGCCAAUGUUUUGGGAAAUGUGGAUCCUUUAAUACAAUACCUACAUUGAUUGCAUAGAUAUCUUGUGCAAUACAAUAAACAAAACUUUAAAUUGC